GUAGGACGCUGGGAGCGGCUGCUGGAGAUGGAUGAAGACGGGUUGCCCCUUGUAGGCUCUGGCAUCGAUCUGACCAAGGUUCCAGCCAUACAGCAGAAGAGAACAGUGGCCUUUCUAAACCAGUUUGUGGUUCACACAGUUCAGUUCCUUAACAGAUUUUCUACAGUUUGUGAAGAGAAAUUGUUGGCUCUCUCCCUCCGAAUUCAGCAAAUUGAAACUCUGCUCAACAUUCUAGAUGCAAAGUUGUCUUCUAUACCUGGGCUAGAAGAUGUCAAGUGUGAAGUAGCCAACACCAGCGUCAACAGUGUUAUGAAUGGCCCUAUCCCACAAGCCUCAACAGAUCCACAGUCAACAAAUGUUUCUCCUCAGUCAGAGCAGGGCAGCGUACAUGAGACAGGACAACUGAAGUCGGAAGGAACGGCCGAGAACGUCACAACUGUAGCAAAGGAUCCACGCUAUGCCAGAUACCUCAAAAUGGUUCAAGUGGGCGUCCCUGUAAUGGCAAUAAGAAACAAAAUGGUUUCUGAAGGACUAAACCCUGAUCUUCUUGAGACACCAGAUGCUGCAGUGCCUGCGUGGGGAGGGGAGGCAAAUGCAGAAGGAAGUUCUGAUAGCGAAUCCUCGUUUAGUGACUAAAAGUGCUGAUUAUUGAUUCUUUUUUUUCCUUUUGAAAGCACUUUGCAAACUUUGCAAAUGCUAAUAUACAAAACCUAAUCUGAAAGA